AGCAGGGAGGUUUCUACUGCAGUUGUACAGGGUCUUGGUGAGACCACACCUGGAGUAUUGCUUAUGGUUUAGGUCUCCUAAUCUGAGGAAAGACAUUCUUGCCAUAGAGGGAGUACAGAGAAGUUUCACCAGACUGAUACCUGGGAUGUCAGGACUCGCUAGAAUUUAGAAGUUUGAGGGGGGAUCUUAUAGAAACUUACACAAUUCUUAAGGGGUUGGACAGGCUAGAUGCAGGAAGAUUGUUCCAGAUGUGGGGGAAAUCCAGAAGAAGGGGUCACAGUUUAAGGAUAAAGGGAAAAUCAUUUAGGACCAAGAUGAGAAAAACAUUUUUCACACAGAGAGUGGUGAAUCUCUGGAACACUCUGCCACAGAAGGUAGUUGAGGCCAGUUCAUUGGCUAUAUUUAAGAGGGAGUUAUAUGUGGCCCUUGUGGCUAAAGUGAUCAGGUGGUAGGUACAGGAUACUGAGUUGGAUGAUCGGCCAUGAUCAUAUUGAAUGGCGGUGCAGGUUUGAAGGGCCGAAUGGCCUACUCCUGCACCUAUUUUCUAUGUUUCUUUACAAAGGAAACAGGUCCAUUGGCCCUGCUGGUCCCAUCUAAGCUAGUCCCAUUUGUCCACAUUCCACACAUCCUUCUAAAUCUAUCCUAUCCAUGUGCCUGUCCAAAUAUCUUUGAAAUAUUGUUAUUGUACAUUCCACAGCUCGUUCCAUAUACCUGAGUGAAAUAGUUGCCUAUCAGAUUCCUAUUAAAUCUUCCCCUGCUCAACCACUAGAGGGCAUAGCUUUGUGAGAGAGGUAAAGAUUAAAGCAGAAAUGCAGGGCUACUGUUUUACCCAGAGGGUGUGGAGUUCCUGGAAUGUUGCCACGGUUGGUGGUUGAGACAAAAACGAUAGUGGCAGUUAAGAGGCUUAUGGAUAAGCCUACGGAUAUGCUGGGUAUUAUGUGAAGGUAGAUAAAACAUGGGCCUUGGCAUUAUGUUUGGCACAGAUAUUGGGGACUGAAGGGCCUGUUCUUGUGCUCUACUAAGAACAUAGAACAGUGCAGCACAUGAACUGUUUUAAGUUCUCACCUUAAAUCUAUCCCUCGGGUUAUUGAUUCUUCUACUCUGGGUAAAAGACUCUGUGCAUUCACCAUAUCUAUUGCUUCAUGAUUUUAUACAUCUCUAUAAUGUCAUCCCUCUGCCUCUGGCACCAAUGAACAAAGUACCAGCCUGCUCGACCUUUCCCUGUAACUUGGCAAUAUCGUCAUGAACUUCUCUACAUUCUGCCCAGCAUAUAACGGUUGUAAAGAGGCAAUGGAUGUAAAGGCAUCACCUUAGUCAACCAUCAUCACCUCCUGCCAGCUCUUUCUCCAUUAUCGAUGCUUAAAAAUGCUGCAAUUGUUUUGGUCUUGAACUUUUCCCAGUUACAUUUGUGCCAUUAGGUGAGCUGCCGUUAUCUGCCCAGCAGUCUGCACUCUGGUCUUCCUCUUCACUGCCUGAACUCUGGUGUCGAGGCCUGGCCUGUGCCUACUGCUCCAGCCCGUUGCCUCUUUGUCCAGGCCUGUGUUUCCAGUUUGCUCAGACCUGUGUCACUGAGCUGUAAGAUGGCGGUCAGUGACAGUUGUGUUUGACGGAGACAAGAGGAAGGAAGUGGCUUGUGGGAGCAGAGCUGCUCGAGAGGCAAACAACACGUCAAAAGCUUCAAGCAACUUCUCGUUUCUGCAAAGCGAUCUGCUCCGCCAAUGAGCGAUAGAGGGAGACGGGCCGACGAAUGUUGUAAGACACUUCAGUCUCUGGAGACUCUGCGUCUGCUCGCCGUGGCUGAAACGACUGCUCUGGAGCAAGAAUGUCUCGAAUAUUGCAGCACAAGUUUGCUGAAAAACUUUCCAUUCUGAAUGAUCGAGGGAGAGGUAUUCUCGUCCGGAUUUACAAUAUUAAAAAGACAUGUUCAGAUCCCAAGACAAAACUACCAUACCUAACAGAGAAACACAUGGAGCCUGCUAUCAAAUGCAUCACCAGGAAAUUUCCAGCAAUUGAUCUGCGGGCCAACAGUAGCCAGCUUGGCAGCCUCCAGAAGGACAAGUCAGAAGUUCUGAAGAACGUGAGCAAUUUCUACCAUUCGUUUGUGGAUGUCAUGGAGCUACGGGACAAUAUCUAUGAAUUACUGAAUACAAUGGACUCCUGCCAAAUGUACCUGGAUAUUAAUGUAAACUAUGACCUGACCAGGGGUUACCUGGAACUGGUCACCACCUACAUCUCCCUGGUCCUCUUGCUGGCUCGCAUUGAGGAUCGCAAGGUGCUGCUUGGUCUGUACAACGUCGCCUAUGAAAUGUCCAAUGGUACCAGUGACUCCAGUUAUUCGAGGCUUGGGCAGAUGUUCCUGGAUUAUGACCACCCAAUGAAGAAGCUCGCCGAGGAGUUUGAACCCCAUUGGAAACUCCUCACCGACGCUCUCCUCAGUCUACAAACCCUCUUCCUGAGGAGAAACCUCUCUGCUGAUCAUUGGCGCAGUGCUCAGUUGCUGAGUUUGAUCAGUGCGGCCAACACCAUGCUCACACCUGCUGCGUCCAAUACGAUGGCGUGUGAAUACUUGUCACUGGAAGUAAUGGCGAGAUGGAUUAUCAUUGGCUUCCUGCUCUGUCACACCAGUUUAAACUCACAGCAAUCUUGUCUGACGCUGUGGAAAGAAGCGAUGCAGUGCAGUCUGUGCAUUGAGCUGUUCCGAGACGAGGUUUUAUUCCAUCACAAGCUAUCUGAGGAGCUGUUCAGCAGUAUGAAAGGGUACAAUAAGCGGAUUAAUGAUGUUAAAGAAUGCCGGGAGAACGCCACAUCCAACAGUGGAUCCGUUCACCGAGAGAGGCGCCACUUUCUGAGGAGUGCAGUGAAGGAGCUGAGCGCCAUCCUCACCGAGGAACCUGGGCUACUGGGACCAAAGGCUCUCUUCGUCUUCAUGGCUCUGUCAUUUUCUCGUGACGAGAUUUCAUGGCUUGCGCGUCACGCUGAGAAUAUCACCAAAACCAAGACCCCCGAGGACUACGUGGACAGCAACAUAGCUGAGCUGCUGUUUGUGAUGGAAGAACUUCGCAGUCUCCUACACAAGUUCAAAAAGGUGAUCCAGCGGUACUUCCUCCUCUACCUAUCUCGUUUCGAUGCCGUCGUCCUCAAUGAAAUAAUUCAGAAUCUCUCAGUCUGUCCGGAGGAAGAAUCUGUGAUUAUGUCAUCCUUUGUGAACAGUUUGACCUCGCUGAAUAUCAAACAAGUUGACAAUGAGGAGCAAUUGAACUUCAGAGGUCUGAGAUUGGAUUGGUUUCGCCUCCAGGUUUACACAAGCAUUGCAAGGAUGCCUUUGAUAUUGCGGGAAAAUCUGGGCCUGGCGUCGCUGAUGAACACGAUUGUGUUCCACACACGAAUGUUGGACGACUUGGAUGGGCUGCUGGUGGAGACGGCUGACCUCGCCCCAUUCUGUUUCUACCCAUCAUUGUUUGAGAAGAUGUUCUCACAGAAUGCAGAUGACCCCACACAACUGCAGUACCUGAUUGCCUUUCCGAUGGUUUGUUCGCACUUUUCCAGCUGUGUACAUGACAUGUGCCCUGAGGAGUACCCUGUCCUCCAAAGUCGAAGCGUUAAGUUAUGUGCCAAUUUUCUGGAUGAAAUCACCAAGCAAGCCAGCAUAUGUAUUAUUGAGCUCUGCUUGGAGCAACGCAACCUGAGUGAGAAGCUCUUGCCCAAGUACACUGCUCAUACCAUCAGUAAAGUUGUCAACAAGAAGCACAAGAAACCCGCUAACAAGAAAGUCGAGACCAACCGGGAGAAGCCGGGUAUCGAGAGCCAGCGAAAGGACAGACUCAUCGUUACCACCAUGGAUAAGCAUCACCUCACCCUCACCGAGUACAGCAAGACCAUCAACCACCUGCCGGAGCUGAUUGUCUUCGACCACAUCAUCUUACCUGUUGAAUACCUGACCAAUCACCUGGAAGUGCGGCUGACCAAAGCUAUUGUGCGAAUGGCUGGAUAUAACCAAGCGACGCAGGAGAUUGCUAAGCCAUCAGAAGUGCUGUCCAGUGUCAAGGCAUUUUUUGCGUUUGUACAUUCAGUCGGCCAUUACAUAAACAUCGAUGUCAGCAAAAUUUGCAAGGACGUGCAAUUGCAGCAGUCGCAGGCUGUGGAUGCCAAUGGAGAAAUUACCCUGACGACGGCCUACACCAAUUGGUACUUGGAAAGUCUCCUGAGGCAGACCAGUACUGGGGUCAUCAUUCACUCCCCUGCUAUCAAAUCAUUUGUGACCAUUCCUGUUGAAAACCUGCAGAUUUUCAGCGCUGAAGAAUAUUCCGAUGUUUCAGAGAUGCAGGCGUUGGCGGAACUGAUUGGUCCAUACGGAAUGAAACAGAUGAGUGAGCAUCUGAUGUGGCAUGUCACGUCACAGGUGGCCGAGCUGAAGAAACUGGUGGUGGAGAACAUGGACAUCUUGGUACAAAUAAGGUCCAACCUUCAGAAACCAGAUGUGAUGACUACCUUGGCCAAGCGUCUAACAUCUUCCGACAACGUUCUCAAGAGGAUGAUGAUUAUCGGUGUGAUUCUUACCUUUCGAUCAAUGGCACAGGAAGCACUCCAUGGUGUUUUAUCAGGCCAUAUACCCUUUCUCAUGGGGUCCAUGAAGAUUCUGAGUGAAAUUGCAAGCUUAACUACCAACAAAAAGGAUAUGCUGGCAAUAUAUGAACUGACAUCUGCGGCCGGGGCUCGUUGCACCGUGGACCCAGCACUUGUUACUGCCCUCUCCACCCACAAGAAGGAGAACUUGUCCGAAGAAGAAUACAGACUGACCUGCCUUCUCCUGAUUUAUAUCGCUGUCGCCCUGCCUUCUCUCGCCACGGACCCCAUGUCUAUUUACAAUCAGGAGCACCAGGGUCACCGGAACAACAUCCAUUGUUUACCCAAAGCCAUCAAUGAGAUUGCGGCAGCUCUCUACAACAUUCACCAGCACGAUGUCCAGCCCCAUCUGAGGGAGUUCCUGGUGUGUGCCUCAAUGAGUCUUCUGCAGAUUGGCCAAGAAACGGAUAAAGCUCUUGUGAGGAAUCGGGAGUCAGUUUAUCUCAUUCUGCAUAUGUUGAUCGAGGAGUCACCAUUCCUGGAAAUGGAUAUGCUGGAAACCUGCUUUCCCUAUGUUCUGCUGAGGAAUGCCUUUCGUGAAGCAUACAGGCCUGUGAUCAUGACCACAGGAUAAAUGCAAUGCGUUCUUUCUUCAAAUUAAUUUGUUAAGCUAAAUGUAAUACAGCACAAUUAACAUUAUCAUAUUAAAGA